GCGCCCAUAUUUCAUCUCCACAAAGAAGACCGAUACCGUCCCACUUCCUUGCUCUCUUUCUUGGACCACACACGACCGAGAUUCGAGUUCGGCAAUACCGCCCUCCCACCGCCUGGUCCGCCGUUAGCGUACCUGGACAAUUUGAACUCGCCCAGUGGCGGAGAGAACGUCUAUCUUACCAGCCACGACGAUGUCACUAACAACCCUCAAUGGCUAGAGGGCGCCAGGAUCAAUUCCUGUGGUGGGACUGAUAGCGUACGAACGGGAGUUAUCCUUGUCAUGCACAAAGGAGAAGGCGUGGUCGACGUGUUCUACUUCAUCUUUUGGGCGUUCAAUUACGGUGGGGUGGUGUUGGGGAAAGAACUAGGUGAUCAUGUUGGCGACUGGGAACAUGUCAUGAUACGUUUCAAAGGCGGUGAUCCCAAGACGGUAUGGCUCUCUCAGCACGGCAACGGUGAAGCAUAUACCUACAAAGCACUUGAGAAAUAUAAGUCUGGAAAGCGGCCAGUGCUAUACAUCGCCAACGGCUCGCACGCGAUUUACGCCCGUCCAGGCGCAAUCGACCACACCAUACCUAAUUUCAACACCGAAAUCCCUUUCCUCCUCGUUGACUAUUGCAACGAUGGUCCGCUCUUUGACCCCCUCCUUACAUCAUAUGCCUACUCUUGCGAUCUCGCUUCCGUCCAGGGGAAAGAGACCGAAUCUAUGAGCCCAUUUGAGCCUCUGACUUCAUACACACCAGCUCCAGGCUGGUUACGCUUCAAAGGUCACUGGGGCGAUCAAGCAUAUCCGGACGAUGACCCAAGGCAAAAAGGGAACGGCCUCCUUGGCUUCCACAAGUUUGGUGAUGGACCGACGGGGCCCGCAUUCAAGGCCUUGAACAGGAAGAGAACAUGGCCAGAAAACUCUCAUGCAGCUGGACAAAUAAUUAGAACAAGCUUGGAUGGAAGUACAAGGUUGAGGGAUACGCUGAAGACAUGGGGGUGGAACCGUUUUGGUAGAAACAAGAAGGCAAUGAAGGUGAUGGGCAAGCCGAAGAGGGUGGACGUUUACGGGAAAACUGUGGAGGACGAGAAGGUUAUGGGGAAGAAGGGGAACCUCUUGGUAAACGAGAAAGCUGUAGACAAGGCGUAG